AUGAAUUUAAUUGGAAUAUUUGUGUUGCUUGUUAAAUUUUAUGAAGUUAUAUGUAAAAUAGAUGAUAUUAGCUGCAAUUAUAAAUAUACUGAAAAAGGCAGCUACUAUUGUGAUUUAGUGAUCAACAAUCCAUCAGGACUUAAUAAUUUUUCCGACAUUAAAGGGCAACAUCAGCCUAACGACAAUGACGAUGAUGUUCGAGGUGUUUGGCAUUAUGAAGAGUCAAGCAGCACAAGUUUAAAUGUUCCAUCGGUGUUGUGUAAAAAGUUUAGAGAUUUAAAGUACAUCAGUUUAUUUAAACUUGGUAUUAGUAGAAUUGAUGAUUUCUCAUUCAGUGGAUGUAAAAGACUUUUGGACGUGCAAUUGCAUCACAAUAACUUGAAAGUAAUUUCAAAUAACUCUUUCGCUAAUAACCCAAACCUAAUGUUGAUACAAAUAACCAUGAACAGCCACUUAAAAACCUUGCCAGAAAGUCUUUUUAAAAAUCAAAAUAGACUCGUAUCACUUGCCUUGGAUCACAAUAAAUUAAGCUCUCUUCCUGAGAAUAUUUUUAAAGGACUAAGAGCAAUCAAAAACCUCUUUUUAAAUAACAACGAUUUACAUACAUUAAAACCAGAAUGGUUCAGUAGCCUCAUAACUUUAGAAACAUUAUUAAUUCAAGUCAAUCCAAUUCAAUUCCUGCCUAGGAAUGUAUUUAGACCAUUAAAGAAUCUGGUUGAGUUAAAGUUGUAUCGGACAGACAUUAGGGUUCUGGAUUCAAACUCAUUUGGGCGUCAUCCACAAUUGAAAUUUCUUAAUGUGCAUGGAAACCGUAUUUUUGCCGUCGACGAUCUUCUUUUUAACAAUGUUUUUCAUGAUAUUGAGCUGGAGUUUAAGGACAAUUCUUGUGCCGAUAAAGUGAUUAAAGGAGCCCAAUUAAUUAAGGAAGCUUUAUUUACGUGCAUUACAAACUUUAAACAAUCAUUAGAAGUUUGCCGCCGAGAAAUAGCAACGCUCAAUUUAACUUCAUCGAAUCACGAUUUACUUAGAAGUUUUGAUCAUGCUCGAGCCAGUGAUAUGAUCAUCAGGGUUGGGAAUGAAAUUGAACAACUCAGAAUAGAUAAUAAUAAGUUAAAAGCUAUUUAUAAGCCUGAUCAAAGCAUUGGUGAUAGUCAAAAUGAUGAAAAGCAGUCUGUUGACAAGGAAUCGGAGAAUUAA